AUACAUGCACAUGGCGGAUCGGGUAAGAAAUGAAAUGCCAAUUGUCCACAAUAAUAUCCUAUCCAACCCAAAAUCCUAUCCUCCUCGAUGACACCUCCUCCCUCACUCUCACUAUAUUGCUCUUCCCACUCCUCCACCCCCUCUCUCUCCUCCUCUCCUGUCACUAUGUUUCUCUCUCUACACUUCCAUAAUCGUUAAUGUGAGUCUAAUCCUUACCUCCUAUUCAGACCCAGCAUAUGACUCUUCAAUAGAAUUGCCAAACUUACGGACCUCCAUUCUCGCAUAUAAGCAAGACACAGUCCUCUUCUUCUGUACACUGCACACCAUCGUCGAAAAAGCUGAUUUGUUUGAGCUAAUCGAAACGAGAUGAGCUGUGUGAAUCUGAGCUCAUGGGGCCAAACCUGUUCAAUGUUGAACCGAUCCAGAUCCCCAUCUCUCCACCUCCUCCACAGCCUCAACACCCGACCCGUUUCCUUCGCUUCUCCGAAAGGACGCCGACCCAGUUCCGUCACGGCAACCCUGACCAAGCAGGAGACUGUGAAGGAGCAGCGGAAGGAAGAGGAAUCCGGGAAGCCCAGUUUCAAUUUCAAGACCUACAUGGUGGAGAAGGCCGAGUCCGUCAACCGGGCCUUAGACGCCGCCGUUUCGCUGAAAGACCCGAUUACGAUCCACGAAGCGAUGCGGUACUCUUUGCUCGCCGGAGGCAAAAGGGUCCGACCCGUUCUGUGUGUCGCGGCGUGCGAGCUCGUCGGAGGGUCUGAGUCCCUCGCCAUGCCGGCGGCCUGCGCCGUCGAGAUGAUCCACACCAUGUCGUUGAUCCACGACGACUUGCCGUGCAUGGAUAACGACGACCUCCGCCGCGGGAAGCCCACCAACCACAAGGUUUUCGGCGAAGACGUCGCCGUUUUGGCCGGCGACGCGCUUCUAUCAUUCGCGUUCGAGCACCUCGCCGUCUCCACCGUCGGCGUCGAGCCUUCUAGAAUCGUCCGAGCCGUGGAGGAGCUUGCCCGGUCAAUCGGGUCGGAGGGAUUGGUGGCGGGUCAAGUCGUGGAUAUCCACUCCGAGGGGUUAUCCGAUGUGGGACUGGAGCACCUGGAGUACAUACACCUCCACAAAACUGCGGCUCUUCUUGAAUGUGCAGUUGUUCUCGGGUCGAUUUUGGGAGGCGGGUCGGACUCGGAAAUCGAAAAGCUCCGGACUUUUGCGAGGUACAUUGGGCUGUUGUUUCAAGUUGUGGAUGACAUUCUGGAUGUGACGAAGUCUUCACAGGAAUUGGGGAAGACUGCUGGGAAGGACUUGGUGGCUGAUAAGGUGACUUAUCCUAAGCUAAUGGGGAUUGAGAAAUCGAAGGAAUUUGCGGAGAAACUUAAUAGGGAUGCACAAGAACAGCUCGUCGGAUUCGACCCGGAAAAGGCUGCUCCUUUGAUUGCUUUGGCUAAUUACAUUGCUUACAGGCAAAAUUGAGGAGUUGGGAUUCUGCUGUUGUAUUUUAGAAUUGGUUGUCUACUAGAAUUUACUCAAUUUAGAGUCUCUCACAGUUUACUACAUCCUCUGAAAUGAAAUGCGAGAUAUACACAUUUUUACUUUUUCAAAUCUGUGUCAAAAUCUUUGUUUAAAUGUGGAAUUAGUAUUCGUUAA